CUGCCCGGAGCCGGGAGGGGGGAUCAGGGGGCUGUUUUUAGGGCUGUGGAGGCUGUUCUGGCCCUUGGGGACAAGCAGGGCAGGGGUCAUCAGACAGGAAUUUGGAGAGCAGGAUGGAGGGGUGCUGCACUGUCAGCAUCAACAAGAAGCAGAGUUGCUUGUUCCCCACACUCCUGCAGCUCUCCACUGAGGAGGUGGUGGCCAUCUGGGAUAUCGUGUCUGUGUACAUCCUGGGGCAGAUGAAGCAGGACAAGGGUGUCCUGGUCCCAGGACUAGGGACCUUUGCUGUGGUCCCUGAGCAAGUUGAUGGUGCAGAAGAGGUGUAUGUAGUCCGAAGACCUGUGUUCCAGUUGGACAUGGAUGUGUCCUGUCUGCGGGAGCUGAUGUUCCCCACAGUGAUGAUCCCUGGUGACAUUGAGAUCGCACCACUGGAUUACUGGUGGCUGUCACAGACCACGUCCCUCCCACCAGACGUAUUGAGGGACUGUGUGGAGGAGACCGUCCUCCUAUACUCCUUUCAGCUGAGGGACAGGCAGCGCCUUGCCUUUGCCUUUGGGGACAUUGGCGUCCUGUCGUGCCAGGACAAUGUCCUGUGCAUGCAGUUCCACCGCAACUGCGUCGAGAAGCUGGAGAACUGGGACACCUGGGUGGCUCUGCUGCUCACUAGGCUGUGUGUGCCGGAUGCUGGUCUCAGUGAUGGAGCGACCGCUGCUGGGGGGAUGCAGGCUGCAUGGGCUCACUCAUUCCCCAGGUUUCAGCUUGCUCUGUCUGAGGCUUUCUCCACCUGGCACACGAAGGUUGCAGAGAAGCACAGGGUCAGAACAGGGGCACAGGAACAUCCUGACAAGUUUUCCCUCCCCAUGCUACCAAACCAGAGGCAGCAAGAGCCAGGGAUGAAGCCAUCUGCCAGUGUGCUCCCCCUGUCCCCAGGCAUCUUUCCUGGGAUGGGGGAGACAGGUGGGCAGGAGUCAGCUCCUUCGGCCAGGCUCGACACCACACUCCUGGCCUCUGAGAACUGCCAGAGAGCACUGCAGGAGGUCUGUCAGCUGUCUGCAGAGUGGGAGCACGGGAAUUCCUGCUGGAGAGAGCAGAAGGUGGAAUGGGUGGCGUGGGAAGCCUGGGCUGCCAGGGAGGAUCAGCAGGUGCCCCAGGUAUCUGGCCCUGGAGGUCCUUGGGCUCCCCAUCCUUCACUCCAGCCCCAGAGAAAGGGGGUCACUGUGACAUGGGGGAGGGCUGGAACCCCCCUCCCUGUGGACGAGAUGGUGGAGAGAUUCCAGCCUGGGACCAGGCAUCUUUCCCCACGAGCCAUCCAGGUGCUCCAUGCGCUGGAGCCACAUCAGACACGGAGGAACAUCUUCACGUUUUUGGCUGAGAACAAGCGGCAGCGGCAGAAGCAACAGAAGCAGCUCUGCAGGAUAGAAAAGUCCUGGCUGGAGGCAGAGGGACUCUGAUGGCUGGCUGCCUGCUUCCCAAACCCUGAGAGCCCUUCCUUGGUAGAGUUCUACCCCACGACACCUUGUCCUGACCAGGGGCACCUGUACAGGACACCUGUAGGGGACACCCAAGGUCUCAGCCCAACCUGGCUUUGCCCCAGCUGCACCAUAGGACCUUCUCAUAGGCUGGGAAAUCACCAGGGGCAUCUCCCACUCCAUGGACACCUUGAGAUGCUCGUCCAGCGGCCAAGGAGCAAGGGCUGGAGUGGUGGCUGCAGACGUGGCUGGUAGUGACAGGUCUGGGAGGCUGCUCACCUGCUGAGGUCCACCC